GUUCAACUCGUUACUAGUAAUGUGUACCGAAUAAAGUGGCCAGUGAGUGUAUGGAAAAAUAUUAUUGGCAGCGCACUGACUGUGCACUUCGGGGGUCCUGAUUUCGAGAGCUGGCUUGCUGAUCUUUCCCGACGCCUCAAAAUGUCUCAAAAUGAGAUCUCAAAAUGAUCAGAUUAAACUGUCAAGUCUUCGUUUCUAGCAACCUUUUCCCUAUAAAACAAUUUUAGGAGAAACAUAUGAGACAACGAACUAAUGCAACAAUGCAUUCAUGUUUAUCAGAUUUUGUUACAGUGUUAUAGACCAUGAAUAAAACCAACCAGUAACAGAAUGAGAUAAAUCAUCACAUUAGACGCUUUGAUUUGAAUUAAGAAAGUAUUUAAAAAUAGGUCAAAUAGACAAAUUGUUUAUUUUACUGUUUUAGUAAUGAAAAGAGGUAAAAUCCUAUAUGCAGGGGCGUCGCUAGCAGUUUUGGGCCAAAAUUAAAAAUUUUUUUUGGAAAAAUAGUAGGAAUGUGAAAACUAUUUGAAAUGAUUGGCCAAAAACAAAAUAUAAUUGAGAGAAACUUGUCAGUUUUGAAAGGGUAAAUGCUCAAAAAUAAUAAUGGGAUGUCAUAAUUAUGAUGAACAAUUAGUUUUAGAUUUGAAGGCCACUGUCGCAGUUUGAAAUAUGAAAUCGAUACCAAUAAUUCCUAUAUCAACUUGUAUUGAAAGGAAACAGUCAUUGUAUUAUGUCUUACAAACAAUAAUAAAAAAAUCAACAACACUGUAAAAAACGCUGGGUUCCAUACAGUUCCUUCAUGCUGUCCCCACACAAGUCAGUUAAGUUAGCUUAAUCGGCUUUAUAAAUUUAAGUAAAUUGAACAUUAAGUUGUCUCCCCAAAAAACGUAUGAAUUGUUGUUUCAUCUCAUUUUAAAUAAGUAGUUUGCACAAGCAGUAAAAGUCAUUUUUCAAAUGAAUCCUGAAAAGUCAAUUGUUUGGUGGACUGCAUCUUUGUGUCUGUCCUCAAGUAUAUUGCUGUACCUGUGCUGUCCUUCAAGGCUGAUUGGUCCGUUGUCUCUUCCUGACAGAGGGAGGAGGAGGCACAGAUGAACACCGAGUACCCGAAAUACAAUACCUGUUAGACAGUGUAGGAGAAAAAAACAGAUCUUAAACCACAGACAUUAUUACCCUGGAGAAAUACAGAGUGAGUUCAGUAGACAGAAGUGUGCCCUAAAGGCAGCUGAUGAGCACCAAAUUUGAGUCAUGGAGUCAAGACAUCUAUCAAAUAUCUUAUUGAUUAUCACCUUGUCUCAGAUAUGCACAGCACAAAACGCAGACAUCACGUUAUCCGUUUUCACCGUCACGUCCAAAAGCAUGACGGUGCGCUGGAGUGGACACACCGGCGCAAGCUCCUACAAAAUCACUGCCACGCCGAAAAACUCUCCGGAGCCGUCGGUGUUCGCGCAGUUCAGCGGCAGCACGGUGAUGGGCUCCGUUAACUCUCUAUCACCAAACACCGUGUACAGGAUGCGGGUCGAGGCGAUGGAUAACGCGGUGAACGUGCUCAGCAGCGCCGAGACCGAGGAGACGACAGCACCUGAGGUUCCUCUCAUAGAGAAGGCUUACUCCAAACGCAGUGACAGCAUCACGGUGGAGUUUGGUAUAGUUUCUGGUGCCACCGGUUACAUAAUCCGGGCAGAGAAUGAUAAUGGGUUCUUCUCUGAAACUCCAGUGCUGAAAUCCCCAGAGACAGUGGUCGGUCUUGACCCUUACACAGAUUACACCCUCAGUGUGAUGUCCGUCAACGUGGGGGGAAGGAGUCAGCCAUCCCUGCCAGUGGAUGCUAAAACAGUGUUGGUGGCCCCAAAUCUGCGUUCCAGUUCUCCCAGCAGUGAUUCCAUCAUGAUAACCUGGGAUCCAGUGAACAAUGCUGUGUUAUACACCCUAGUCAUGAUCAUGGAGGGUUCAGACACGCGGGACAAACUCAACACCUCUGGGACCAACAUGACAUAUAGUGGCCUUCAGCCCGGCACCACCUACUGCAUCAAGGGCAAUGCCUGGGAUCCAGAGGGUAACCAAGGAGAUGACAUCACCAUCUGUCAAAUCACACGUCCUCCAGUCCCAGGAGAUGUGCAGGUUCAGUUGACGCCGGGUCGCUCUAUCGAUCUGGCGGUGUAUUGGCAGUCAGUGCGUGGUGCCGAUGGCUACAUUGCUGUAAGCUCAACGGGACAGAACUGCAGCUCCAACGAAGAGGUUUACUGCAUUAUCAGUCCUCUCAGCUGCAGCCAGAACCACUCCAUCACUGUCGUAGCACAAAAUGCAGCCGGAUACAGUGACCCUUCACAACCACAAGACCUUCUGACCUUCCCGUGUCCUCCUGAUGUGGUGUGGAUCAAGGAGGUGACCCCAGGGAACUGCUCCGUCAUGUGGUCAGAUAUUCCAUGGGUGGAUUAUUGUAUCGCCUACGUAAAAAGAGAUGAUGGUUUAGAGGAAAACUGCAACACCACCGGCAGGUCCUGUCACUUCCAGUGCAAGUGCGGAUACACCUACCUCUCCACUGUAUUCGCUUACAACCAGGCCGGAUCCAGUCCACCGGGACAAAUAGUCAACUAUACGACAAUCCCAUGCUGUCCAGAGGAUGUGUCCGUGUCCCUGAUUUCCACAGAGACGUUGGAGAUCUCGUGGUCAGCAGUUCGAGGAGCGGAGUUAUACGAGACCAUUGCUGCAGAUGGAAGUGAACAGAUCCACUGUAACGACACGGCUCCAGUGUGUGCGCUGUCAGAUCUCACCUGCGACAGCAUGUACAGUGUGGUGGUGCGGCCCUGCAGUGAGAUACGGGGAUGCAACAACACCUGCCCAGCACACACACGCCAGACAGCUCCCUGCGCUCCUGUGAUCCUCAGCGUGACUCAGGUGAACUCCUCCACAGUGCAGGUGUUCUGGACACCCACAAACACUCAGGCAAACUACAGCAUCAUAGCCGAGGGUCAAACAGACUCGCUGUCCUGCUCAUCCAGCGGGACGUCCUGUUACAUGAGUGUGACCUGUGGGUCCAUGUAUGAGGUCAGUGCUUACGCCACUACUACAGCCGGACUGAGUCUUCCCAGCUACGCCGUUCCCCUGGAGACAGGACCGUGUUGUCCAGAAUAUCUGAAUGUUGAGCAGGUCACUCAGUCCAUGACAAACGUCACCUGGUCUCCAGCUAUAGGUGCGCGUUCAUACAUCACCUCUCUGACAUCACCCAGAGGACAUGCCAAGUGCCACACCAUGGACACAGACUGCCUGCUGGGCUGCAUCACGUGUGGCACCAGCUAUAAUGUGUCCCUGGAGGCCUUCAGCAUCACUGGACAUAAAACAGAGUGCACAUACCAAGGUUUCUCUGCAAGCUCCUGCUGUCCCUCCAGUGUGAAGCUCUACCGGAUGCCUAACAGCACUCUGCGGGUUAACUGGCGCUAUUCCCCUGGCCUCUACAACUACACUGCAGACCUGUAUGGCACCAGAUCCAACUACACCUGCAGCAGCACAGCAGGAGCAAACACCUGCGAUGUCUCCGAGAUCCUCUGUGGAGAAGUGUACACGGUCGUAGUCGCUCCUCUGACCAAAGACGGCACAAAGGUCACAUUCUGCCCUAGAAAACUUUACUCAGUCUCCUGCUCUGGAAACACUGUAGGAAUGGUGAUCUAUCGAGGCCGAAGGAGUGUUGGCUAGAACUUCCUAUUGGCACAGAUGAAAGAAGAUGGAAUCUGACCUCAACAAAGACAUCAACACAUUCAAGUUCAACUUGCCACAUUUAUAUACUGUUUGCCAAGAAAAGCAUUUACAAUUGGUUCAUUGACAGUGUCAUUUUAUCAAAGAGAAAGUGUGAUUUAUGUAUAGAUUUUGCAGUUAUACUGCCAUUUUCUAAUAUUUAAACCAUGCAAUAAAGCCCAAUUGUAUUAACAAUCCCAAUUCCGAAAAAAGCUAGGAUGUUCCUAAAAAAACAACAACAAAAAAAAACAAGAUUUGCACAUUUAUUUUAAUCAACGUUUAGGUUAAAGACUUUCCUAGGGCUCAAACACUUGCAUACAAAGACAGCAACUUAAAUUAAAUGGGCCUCAAUGUGAUUGUCUUGCUAUUUUUUUCAUUUUCAAGUAGUUUUUAGGAUAUUGUUUCUGUAUUUAAAACUAAAUACAGAAUAAAAUUAAUUAAAAUUUAGCAGGAAAGUCUUGUUUUAAUUGCGAUACAAUAGAGCUGCCUAAUUGACUUUGAUUGCUCAAGUCUUGGUGCAUUUAUGUCGGGUAAAUCAUAAUUACGUCUUGAAUGCACAUGAAUGUCACCACAAAGUCAUUUAUACAACCUCCAAAUUUGCGAGUUGGGACAGUGUCAGUGAGAAACAGACAGAAUCAUUGAUCUAUAACAUAGAAUUAUAUUUACCAUGACAUAUCUUAUAUAUAGAUCACUGGGCCACAUUCUUGAACGCAAAGUCUCUGCAGACUUCAUUUUCUAUAAGAAAGGUAUAAAGUACAUCCAGAAGGUUGUUAUUGCAGAAUAUAGCCAGACAGGAUUAUCGGCAGCUUGACGUUAAGCGGAGGGCUGUUGUUAAAGAUUUGAAGGGCUGUUUUCUGCAAAAAUAACUACCUAGAUGUACUUUAUACUGCUUAUGAUUGCUUGCCACAAAACAAAAUUAUUUGACAGCAAACAUUUUUCUGGGCUAAAAUAUAAUUCUAUAAUUAAAGGCAAAGCUGACAGAAAUGAAAACUGCUGAAUGGAGCAGAUGGCGCAUACACUAACAUAUGCAUAACUUACUGUAUUAUUAGUUUCAGUGGCUGUUAUCUCGUUAAAACAUACCAGCCAUGAAUGACCAAUCAGAAUCAUUUAAACAAAUCCUGCUGUACUUUUGGUCAUUUAUCAAUAGAAGAUACAAUGCUAUUGUGACUUCUUUAUUACAACUUGUCAACUUAUGAGUAGAAAUGUCCCAGGAGGACUUGAAUUUGGAAGGGCUCCUCCGUAUGCCCUAUUACCUUUAAGAGUUUAUACACUGAAAGCUUUAAAGGGAUUUAGGGCAUAGAGAUGAGGCCUUCCGAAUGGAACACACUCUUUUUCAUCAAACAACUUAUCUGUGCAAUGAAUCAUGGGGCAAUGAAGUUGUGCACUUCGAAAACCUUUAUUCCAAAGGACCCUUCGAAGUAGUCAGUUUUGAGCACUUCGGUUUGAAACGACACUUCAAUAUGGCAGCCAUGAUUGUUAACCCUUCAUAGUGCAAUUCUGAGGGUGAUAUAACCUGUUUGAAACAGUUUUCCUAUUCAUCCAUCCAUUCAUCUGUCUAUUAGUCCAUCUAUCCAUUCAUUCAUCUGUUCAUCCAGUCUACCCGUUUUUCUAUAAUCCAUCUAUUCGUCUAUUUUUUUCCAUCUAUCCAUUAAUUGAUCUGUUCAUCCAGUCUACCAGUUAUCUAUCCAUCCAUCUUUUUUUCCAUCUAUUCAUUAAUGCAUCUGUUUAUCCAGUCUAACAGUUUAUCUAUCCAUCUUUUCCUCAGUUUUUUUCCAUCUGUAUACUAAUUUAUCUGUUUAUCCAAUCUACCAUUUUUUUAUCCAUCCAUCCGUCUGUCUAUUUUUUCCAUCUAUCCAUUAAUUCAUCUGUUCAUCCAGUCUACCAGUUUAUCUAUUCGUCCAUUCCUCUUUUUUUCCGUCUGUAUAUUAAGUCAUCUGCUCAUCCAAUUUACCAGUAUUCUAUCCAUCCAUAAAUUAAUCUCUCUAUUUUUCCAUACAUUCAAUAAUGCAUCUGUUCAUCCAGUCUACCAGUUUAUUUAUACAUCUAUCCAUCCAUUCCUGUUUUUUUCCAUCUGUAUAUUAAUUCAUCUGUUCAUCCAGUCUACCAGUUUUUCUAUCCAUCCAUCUGUGUAUUUUUUCCCUUCUACCCAUUAAUGCAUCUGUUUAUCCAAUCUACCAGUUAUCUAUCAAUCCAUUUGUCUAUUGAUUAAUUAUUAAUUCACUUUAAAGUGCCCUUCUUAGGGAGAUAUAUCCUGUUUGAAACACACCUUUGAUACAUCUGUUUGAAUUAUUAGAGAUUAAGUUGCUGCUUAUGCAAAUGUGUGAGCCCGAUGAAGAACUUUGACCAACACUUUGCUUAUUUCAGUUAAAAUGUGUGCAUAUGUUUGACUUUUUAAAACGUUUUUGUAAAAAUGAUAAAUAUGUGGUUUGUUAAUUCCCUUCAACUUUUAAUUGACAAAAGUACAAUGGGAAGAUUUCCGAUGUUUUCCCUGACCAAAUCAAUUCUGUGCUGUAAUUAUAAACUAUUUUUAUUUAGAUGGCUGCAGCUGCUGUACACAAGGUAAUUACAGUGUUUAAUUGUCUGGGAAUAGAGGACGCCGAUUGUUAAAGUUUUACAGGCAUUGUUUUGCUCAGUCCGACAUGAUACCUGACUUACUCAGCAGUAGGUGGUUAUCAGUGUUUGUUUCUCUUCUUCAUGAUGGCCAAUAUAUUUUCACCAGGAGGCA